UCGACGGUCCGUGUGUCGCCUUCGCGUCCGCUGCGCGCGCCGAGCGCCGCGUUCGCUCAUCGUCCCUCUCCGCGAGUCGCGACCCGUAGUUGUCAAACAGACCACUCCACCCUGCGCUGCCAUAAUAUCUUUACAGUGUAUCUGGUUCUGGCUCUGCGUCGCGCCGCCGCACUCUUCAGUCGUUUUUGUGUCGCACGUUCCGACACACCUCGUCCGUGUCCGUUCCAGCUCCUGACCCGUCUUCACCGGCCAAGACCUUGAGAGAAAAGCUCAUGGACGUCCUGAUUUAUCAAUAAAUCAACCAGGUUUAUCAGGUCCAUCUGAAAUUUCUCAAAUACCAUCGGGUCCGUCUGGACUUUCCUAAGAAAGAGGACCUAGAUCAUUACAUUCUACUCAACCUCAACUAUGCAACGUCCCAAGACAACACCACGAGCCCCUGGUGCUCCUCAGCAAAGGGCCCCUAGGCCAGUAAGACCAGUGGUUUCUAGUGAAAGACCGACAGUUCCUAAACAAAACCCGAUGGCAGGAGUGCAACAAGUUGAAGAAGGAAUUAGAAAUUUGACUACAGGAGGAGAUGUACCACAAGUACCAAUUGGUAGAGGAGCUGCAAGAGGUCGAAGGCAAAUCGACGUUGAACAUUAUAGGACACCAAGACCACAAUCUUCUUUGGGAGCAAUUGGAAAACAGGGAAAAUCUGGGCAGACAGUACCGUUGUUGGCAAAUUAUUUUCCCAUAACCUCAUAUACGAAUUGGUGUUUGUACCAAUACAGAGUUGAUUUCAAUCCCGAAGAGGAUAGAAUAAGUACAAAAAAAGGGUUAUUAGGUCAGCACCGAGAACGUUUAGGAGGAUAUUUAUUUGAUGGAACAAUGUUGUUUUCUGGAAGCCGAUUUGAUCCACCUGUUUUUGAACUAACAUCAACACGUCGCUCUGAUGAUCAAAUUGUAGUAAUUACGGUUAAAUUCACAAAUGUAAUAGAGACCGGUGAUUAUGCCAACAUUCAAGUUUUUAACUUGCUCUUGCGUAAUUGUCUUCGUCAUCUCAAACUAACAAUGAUUGGAAGGAAUUUUUAUGAUCCAGAAGCCAAAAUUGAUAUGGCUCAAUAUAAACUUCAACUUUGGCCCGGGUAUGAAACGACAAUUGGCAGGUAUGAAGAUAACAUUUUGUUAUGCGCUGAAAUUUCAACAAAAGUCAUGCGUCAAGAGACAGUAUUGGACUUCUUAAAUCAGUGUGCUGCUGAUAGAAAUAGAAAUAGAGAUUGGAUGAUUAACUUUAAAAGUGGGGUUGUUGGUACCACGGUGAUGACAAAAUACAACAAUGAAACAUACAGAAUUGAUGAUAUAGAUGAAAAUUCUGACCCCACAUCUGAAUUCAGUAAAAAAGAUGGAUCUAAAAUGACAUACAUUCAAUAUUACAAAGAAAAAUGGAAUUUGACCAUUCGUACUGCCAGGCAACCAAUGUUGAUUUCAAAAAAUAAGAGAUCCAUACGACGAUUUGGGGAAGAAGAUACAUUGAUAUAUCUUGUUCCAGAAUUGUGUCUUAUGACUGGUAUAACUGAUGCCAUGAGAAAUAAUUUCACACUUAUGAAAGAUAUGGCCAUACAUACCCGCGUAAAUCCUAAAGAACGCAUGGAGCGACUAACAAAUUUUGCAAAUCGCCUUCUUAAAACGCCAGACUCUGUAAAUGAAUUGAAAAGAUGGAAUCUGACUUUAAGUAAUAAACUUGUUGAACUAACUGGUCGUAUUUUACCUCCGGAACCAAUUCAAAGUCGUACUAAUGGGUAUAAUGGCGGUGAAGAAGCAGAUUGGACAAAAAAUUUACGCUCUUUACCAAUGUUCACUUCUGCAAUUGUGAAACAUUGGGUCAUAUUAGUUCCUAGGGAAUAUUCUCAAGAAGUUGAUCCAUUUGUUCAGUCUCUAGCAAAGGCUGCAUCAGGGAUGAAUUUUACAUUACCUAAGCCUACUGUAGUCUCAAUGGAAGAUGGAAGAGCAAAUUCAGUGUUAACCCAUUUGGAACAUAUAACAAAUGAACAUAAUCCGGCAUUGAUAUUAUGUAUUAUUCAAUCACCACGUGGUGAUAUUUAUAGUUUGAUUAAGCGGAAAUUAUGUAUUGAUAGAGCAGUACCAUCCCAAGUAGUAUUGUUGAAAAAUGUGAAAAAAAGAGAUAUGUCUGUAUGUACAAAAAUUGCUAUACAGAUAAACUGUAAACUUGGUGGUGCUCCUUGGCUAGUUACCAUUCCUAAAAAAGGGAUGAUGAUAGUUGGUUUCGAUGUAUGUCAUGAUAGUCAACGCAAAAAUAUAUCAUUCGGAGCUUUAGUAGCAACCAUGAAUGACUCUCAUACAAGUUACUUCAGUUGUGUUGAACCUCAUGAAAGUGGAGAAGAACUUUCAGUUCAUUUUGCUACUGGCAUAACUAAGGCCUUGGCUAAGUAUAGGGCUAAAAAUGGAUCAUUACCUACUUCCAUUAUUGUAUUCAGAGAUGGUGUUGGGGAAGGCCAAAUAUCGCAUGUCCAUAAGACUGAAGUUAAACUUUUACAGACUGCUUGUGAACAAGCUUAUGGACCCAAAUCUGUUCCAUUUGCGUUUGUUAUAGUUACAAAACGUAUUAGUGCAAGAUUUUUUGCUCCUUCCAAAAGAGGCAUGGAAAAUCCUCGACCUGGUACAAUUAUUGAUACUGUGGUUACAGACCCAACCAAGUAUGAUUUCUUUUUAGUUUCACAACAUGUACGGCAGGGUACUGUCACUCCUACACAUUAUCAAGUGAUUGAAGAUACACUUAGACUUCCUCCUGAUAUAAUGCAAAGACUUACAUUCAAGUUGACUCACAUGUACUACAAUUGGUCGGGUACUGUGCGGGUUCCUGCUCCAUGUCAGUUGGCACACAAAUUGGCUUUCCUUACCGGUCAGACUCUCAGGCGUGCUCCUCACACUGGAUUGGAUGAGUUGUUAUACUUUUUAUAAUCAUAUAUUCAUUUGAUAUGGCAUCAUAGUUUUUCGUUAAAACUCUUAAUAACUACUUCUUCUGAAGUAAUAUUUAAAUAUUUUUAUUUUAUUCAUCUUAUAAUAAUGUUAACGAUAGAAUACAGUUUUCUUAUUUUUUUUUUUUAGGUUUUAACAACUUAUGUAAUAUUAUUAACUUUAACAUUUAACAAUUACAUUUUUAUUUCUUGAAAAAAAUUCAAAUGAUCACUAUUGUUUUUUUUUUUUAUAUUAUUGAAUAAAGUUAUAUUUAGUUUACUUUUAUUUUAAGAA